AAAGGAACGCUCUCGAGCAUCAACAGAAAUCGCGCGCGAGGCGAAGGCAAUUGGAGCGAGAAGGCAGUCGUCUGAGACUGAGAGGCAAGUAUUUCAAUUCGUUGUAGAAACCCAUGGCAACAGAGUAGUCAAUUUACUUGUAUCUAUUGUCGCUGGGUGAUUCAGAACCAAAAUAAUAAUAAUAAUGUCAAAGCUAGGCGAUGAUGAAGUAGCCUCAAUUCUCAAUUGGGUCUAUGAUAAAGAAGACAGAAAAUCAUCAUCUCAAGUUUGCAAGCAGUGGCUGAGAGUCGAAGGCCAAACCCGCUUAUCCAUUCGGGUUCUCGAACCUGAUCUGCUCUACAAUUUCUUGCCCAGAUUCCCCAACUUACUCACAUUUGAAUCACCGAAACUUAUCACCGAUGCCCACCUCGAUUUCAUUGCCCAAACAUGCCCUAAACUCGUGUUCCUCAAUCUCAAUCUCAAACAAUCCCGGUCAACUAUAAAUUUUGAUGGGUUUGAUGAGUCAGCAGAUUCUGAUGAUUUUGGUAAUGAUGGUAUUUGUGCUAUAGCAAACGGGUGUCGCAAAUUAACCAAAGUCUUGUCAAGAAGGAGAAAGAAUGUGGACAAUCUUGGGGUUAUUGAUCUUGUACAUCGUGCACAGAGUUUGACAACUUUGGAUUUGGGGAGAUGUGGUUUGAUUGAUGAUAGUUCCCUCGAAGCAAUUGGGCGUAUGAACUCUAUUCGGGUUUUGAAUUUGGAAGCUUGUUCAUUAAUUACAGAUCGCGGAUUGGAAUUUUUGGCAAUUGGGUCUUCUUCAAGGACCUUGAAAAAGUUGGUUCUUGCAGAUUGUGAUAGAGUCACGGAUUUUGGUGUGACACUUUUGCAGCGAAUGCAUUGCUUGGAGGAGUUGAAUUUAGCUGAAUGUGGGCCUAAACUGACAGAUUAUACAGGCUUCGCAAUUGCCUCGAUUCCAAGUCUUAAGAGAUUGAAUGUUUCGUGGUUGAUCAAUCUAUCAGAUUUGGCACUAGUUGCAAUAGCUGAGAACUGUACGAAUUUGAUUGCACUAGAUUUAACUGGGUGUGAGAUGAUUACAGGAGCUGGGGUCUCUGCUUUGGCUGAUCAUAAAUGUCUGGAAGAAUUAGUGUUAGCUUCUUGUUACAAUAUUUGCGGGAAUGCGGUGGAUAGUGUGCUGAAAUGUGAGUCAUUAAGUUACAUUGUGCUUGAUAAAGGAUUGAGAAAGUGGUUACCAGACAGAGUCCUCCAGAAGAUUGGCAAAUCUUGUCAUUGGAGAUGAUAGAUGACCGAAAGGCCGAAAAGUUUAUUUGAGUCUCAUCAACAGGUUAUGGACUAUGAAGAACUAUGCGCAAAGUUCGAGCUACUUCAAGAAAAGAAGUGAAGCUGCAAGGGCAAUAAAUUUUUUUCUCCACAUGCAUUCAGAUGACUUCCUGCUAAAAUAAUUUUGGGGAGCAAAUGUAGUUAAAAUGAAUUCUCUAGUUUGGUCAAUCAUUUUCUUUAAUUUGGAUCUAUUUUAGGACAAAGGAGUUAACCUAGCGCUGGUCUCAGAAUGACCUAUGAACAAUUUGCUUACCAAAAUUCAGCUUGUGAUGUUUACUAAAAUAAUUAUUUUUCUUA